ACUAUCUUGUUCAGUCUCAUUGGUCAUUGGACGUAAGCAUAAUGGGAGAUUCACAACCACAAGGAAAGAAAAAAGGAUCAUAUGAAACGUGGAAUGCACGAGAAACAAAAAUGUUGAUAAAACUCCUCACGGAGGGUAUCAAACAAGGUUGGCGUGAUGCAAGUGGUUGUAUUAGCAAGCUGACAGUCGAGAAAAAGAUUCUGCCUGUUUUGAAUUCUGCACUUCACUGUGAUAAAUCUUAUAAUAACUAUCAAAGUAAGUGUAGGAAUUUGAGAAAUCGUUAUAAUUGCAUGCAAGACCUGGUUAAGUUUAGUUCUGGAUUUGGGUGGGAUCCCAUAACUAAAAAGUUUACAGCUCCGGAACAUGUGUGGGAAGAUUACGAGAAGGCACAUCAAGGUAAAAAAAGCAUGCGUGAUGAAACAUUCGAAGACUAUGAAGAUUUACAACUGAUAUUUGACGUUGGAUUAGCGACGGGAAGAAAUGCUGUUGGCUUAGGUGAUGAUACUGAUGCACCAACUUUUGGAGUUGAAGAUAAUGCAGCACCAUGCGAAUUAUAUACAAGUCUCUUUGAAAAUAUGGGAAAUUUAGAUGGAUCUCAAGCAUCAGGGUCGGGAGAUUCUAGUAUGUCACAAGGCAAAGGGGGCCAGAGAGAAAAGCUACUUCCAAAAAAAAGAGCUAAAGGUGGAGAUUGUGGGGACUCUAGUAAUUCAAACAUGGAUAGUAGCCUAAUGGAAAAGACAUUCACUGAAAUGAUUGAAGUGAGCAAUCAUGUUGUUAGCUUGAUACAACAAAGAGAGGAAAGACAACAAAGAGAAGCCAACUCCAGAGAAGCUGAAAAGAAAAGGAACAAUUUAUGGGAAGCUAUUAAAGAAGUUUCUGGUUUGGAGGAAAAUGUUCGUUAUGAUACAUUGAAUGAAAUUCUAAAGUUGGGGAUGAAAGAAGUGUUCAUCAGCAUGUCUCUCGAAGAACGACUGGGUUGGAUACGACGCAACGUGAAUUGAAGUCUUUUUUUUUAUGAAAAUAAAGUUUUAUUUUGUCAUAUUUCUUAUUUUCUAAAAUUUGUUUCCUUGUU